AAGGGAUCAUAUUCAUUCUUUCCCUGAGCCUCGGUUUGAACACAUCAAAAAUAUAACUGAAAAUCCCAAUGACCAACACCUUUUGGAGAUAAAUUUUUGCCGUGUUUCAGUUCCCCAGUGAGUGCGUGUCCGUGAUCAUUGUCAAUUCGUGGGUUCUUCUUUCCUUCCUUUGACUCGCAUCCGAACAAUCCUGCCCAAGAUGUGCUGCAAUCCUGGAGGCUGCUGCAAUCUGCCCGCCUGCAUCCAGUGCACCAACUUUUGUUUCAAUUGCUGGACUGGAACUGCCGCAGUGCCAUGUUGCCGAGGAAGCUGCAUUCCGGGAUGCUGCGGCAGCCCUAGGUGCUGUUGCUGAUUAACUCUAAAAUUAAUGUGAAAUAAAACAAGAUUUUUGAAAUAAUCGGUUCAUUUCUGUA